AUGGAUUCGAUAGCCGUUGUCACAGGAGGAGCGGGAGACAUUGGUCGGGCGAUUGCCACUAAACUUGCGGAAACCCACAAUCAUGUGGUGUUGGUAGAUAUCGACGAGGCUAGAGUCACUGUCGCUGCAGACACUCUAGGGACGGAGAAAGCGAGGGCCAUGAUCUGUGAUAUUACCGACAACAAGCAAGUCCAGGAAAUGGCACAGAAAAUCAUGUCACUGGGUGUUGUCUGCACAUUGGUCAACAACGCCGGUGCGACCUGGGCCGGGUCAUUACACGAAUUGUCACCUGAAAUCUGGAAGCGCGAAGUCACCCUGAACCUCGAGGCCAGUUUCCUAUGUUUUCAUGCCUUUGAGGAAUCUUUGAAACGAGCUCGAGGAUCCGUGGUCAACGUUGCUUCCGUCAAUGGCCUGUCAGUUUUUGGAAAUCCCGCAUACAGUUCUGCCAAAGCGGGACUGAUUCAUCUAACAAGAUCCAUCGCGGUGGAAUACGGGAAAUUCGGCAUACGCGCCAAUGCUGUUGCUCCUGGGACUGUCAGAACACGCGCGUGGGAACACCGAGUUGAAGCAAAUCCGCAGGUUUUUGAGGAGGCGAUGAGAUGGUAUCCCCUUAAACACGUCAUAGAGCCAGAUGACAUUGCCAACGCCGUGGCCUUUCUUAGCAGUAAGCAAGCGGCUGCUAUCACUGGGGUGUGCCUGUCGGUAGACUCCGGUUUGACAGCCGGCCAGACAUGCCUAGCAAGAGGUUUCUCACAGUCAGAAUAUUAUUGA